UGGUGUUUACCUAUUUUUGUAGCCAAAACAUGUCCAGAAUACAAACAAAUUGUUUAUAGACAUUAAAGUCAGUAAAGCUGCGAUGGGUGAUGGUCACUGGCUGAAUUGGUGUCGUCUCUGCGCCAAAGACGACGUACGCGGCAACGUCAAGAUUUACACAAGCGCUAAUGAGACCACCUGGAAUAGUGUCCUGGUUAUGGCCAUUAGAAAAUAUUUUGAUGUUCAUAUGCAACUGGAGGAUGAACUGGGCGGAGUGCUUUGCAAAGAGUGUUAUACUCUGAUUAGUGAGCUAAUUGACUUUGCUGAGCAUGUCACCAAGGUUCAGGCCAUCUUUGAAGUGUUACGGCGCUCCGAGCCCAAUAAAGAGCUCGACAUGGAAGCGCUACGUCAGCAGUAUGGACUGCGUGAAGGCGACUGGACGCACAUCAUCAAACCGGUGUCAGAACUUGAGAACAAUAUGGCAAAACAAAUUAUUGUCGAGGAAAAACCACUUGCGGCAGAGCUGCCAAAACAGGAAUUUAUAGACUUAGGCGUCGGCUUGGCGGAUGAAACGCCAAAACCAUUGUCAAACGAUGAUGAAAUGGUCGUCAAUCAUUUACCCAUCGAAGAAAUUUUAGUUGCUGACUGGGAUGUCAACGUAGAUGGCCAAAAUAACCCCAUAAAGCCUCGCGCUCGACGAAAAAUUACCAAAAUGCAAAAAAUUGAACCUCCUACUAAAACAAUGAAGAAAAGAAAAGUCAAAUUUAAAGAGAAGACGGAAACCUUACAAAAAACUGUGAGCAUUGAAGACAUAGUCAAGGUACCACCAGUUCUACCGGACAAUACUAAGGAUCGGCGUUCUUGCAGUGCUGAAGCAGACGUGGAGCUUCAUUCCGAAUCUGGAAUUACUUCUGCAGAUGCAGAACAGCAAUUUGAAGAUUUACCCAACAGCGAAACGGUGGAUAUUGAUGAGAUUCCCUGUAAGCGCAGAAAUAUGAAGUGCAAUUGGUGUGGCAAAAUAUAUCACAAUCCAGCCUCUUAUCAGAAGCAUUUAAGAGUGGCGUGUCGCAAGAUCAAGCAGCGCACAAAGAUGGAUAAGAACACAUACUGCGAGCUCUGCAAUAAGACGCUAUCGUCGGCUGCAGCACUGAAGCUACACCGGGAGGGCAUGCACGAAAAUGCAAAGCCCUAUGUGUGUGACCACUGUGGAAAGCAAUUGAAAACUAUUACGGCCCUUAAUGAGCACAAGCUAGUUCAUACGGAGGAUCGUCCAUUUAGCUGUUCGAUAUGUAAGUCGGGCUUCAAGAACAGAGCACGACUGAAGGUUCAUUACCAAAUCCACGAGGAGCCCAACUACAUAUGCAACAUUUGUGGCAAGAAGCUUCAGACACGCCGCACCUGGAACAUGCACAAAUUGGUGCACAGUGAGGAGCGUAAAUUCAAAUGUGAUGUGUGUGGUGCUCUCUUCAAACGCUCCAAGACCCUCAAAACCCACUUGCUAAGCCACACCGGAUUGCGGCCCUACGUUUGCAGUUAUUGUGGCCAAACAUUUGCUUGCAAUGCCAAUUGUCGCGCUCACAAACUAAAGAAGCAUCCUCAGGAGCUAACGAAGGAAGAAGGGGAAAGUAUGUCCUCACGGCUCAGUGUGCCUACGCUGGAAGAGCUACGUGUCAUGUCACAAAAAAUACCCAAAGUGGAAAUCGCAUAGCCAAUACUCGUAUUCGUCUAAAUUUAAUAUUACAUUAAACUAUAAAUCGAUUAGUCAUUACAUAUUAAUUUAAGAACUACAUACAUAUGAACGAACAUAAAUUAAUUAUUAAAUAU